AUGCUCGCAGAGGAUUUCGAAGAUGAGCUCACGUGCCCCGUGUGUCUCAUGCUCUUCACUGAUCCUCGCACCCUUCCAUGUGGUAACUCUCACAACGUCUGCCUCGAGUGUGCUAGAGGUUUGUGGCGGAAUCAGACUGUCCCCACUUUGACCAUCAACUGCCCGGUUUGUCGUGCUACGUGCUCCUUAGCAAAUGGCGUUGAGCGACUUCCUCUCAACCUGGCGCUGAAGAACAUGGUGGAAAAGCUUGAAGCUGCGCAGAAGGGGAAGACGGCAAAGAAAACCUCCAUCAGGAAGAAGUUCAAGUGCGAUGUAUGCGAGAAGAAGCCAGCAGUCAUGGAAUGUGUGACUUGCGUCGUCAAGUACUGUGAGGCUUGUCUGGAGACUUGUCAUCCGAAGGAGAGAGCUGUCUUCAAGGCGCAUGUUGUCACGCCCAUGGAGCCUGUUAGCAACCGAGAGUGCGACACGCAUGAAGGGCAGGCUCUUUCUUUCUUCUGUACGCAAUGUGGCGUAAUGGUCUGUGCCCAUUGCCUCCUCAUGGGCGCUCACAUUGAACAUCCUCGCAUCAGUCUGCACACGGCAGUCCAAGAGCGCAAGACACAGCUCCAAGAGGGCAUGGAGCUGCUGAAAGCGAAACGGAAUGCUGUGCUGGAAUUCACGCAGAGGGCCGACGCCUCGGUUCAGGAACUGGAGCUCAACUGUAAGCAGAUGCGCGAUCAGGUCAAGCGAGAGUGCUACGAGCUCAGAGAUCAUGUUUCAAAGUUGGAAGUCAAGUUGCACUCAGUGAUCGACUCCCACGAGAGGGAGAAGUGCGCGGUGUUGAUGGGACAGGUUGAAGGACAGCGACAAAAACUUACCAUAUGGUCGUCACUUCUAGAUCGCGCUGAGCAGAUCGUCGCAAACGAGGACGGAGCUGUUUUCCUCGACGUCGACACGCACAAGCUCGACAAGCAGUUGCGCCGAGGUGACUUCGACCUCGUUGCUGUUGACAUGGAACUGCCAGGUGUUGUUGAAUCGCAAGAUGAGAGCAACUCUGAGCUUUUUUCCGUUGAAGAUUCCGAGUUUGCGCUGUCAACAGCAGCGGCAAGGGACCGUGGAGUCAAAUCAAAGUUUUUUCAACAGGAGUGCCGAGAUUCAACUAGUCGAUCGCUUGUGUUGGCAUGGGCAGGUGAGCCAGCAAAGCGGACGCAGCACUGCACGUAUGUGCUGGAGAUGAGCGAGGCGGAGGAGGAGAAUCGAGUUGCGGGAAACGCCAAUGUGUCAAGCCUAUGGCAGGAAAUCUACUCGGGGCAUUGGAGGACAUUCCUGGUCGGAGAUCUUCUUCCCGAGCAGACUUAUCGGUUCCGAGUUUGUGGGGUGAACGCACUCGGACGAGGAGACUACUCUCCUGUCAAGUCGUUCACUACACCUCCACAAACUGAAGAGGAGGCAUCCUGGCCGGCUGAUGGGGAAGUCAACGACGAGAGCCAGUCUGCUUGUCCGCUUGUCGAGGUGUGA